GCUGACUACUACUACUACAACUACGGGUCACCAAGUCGUUCCUUUCUCAUAGCCUUCUAUUGGGAAAUUGGCUGUCAGCCUGUGACGGUGCAAGUAACCUCCACCUUUCAUCAGUUAUCAUAAAGAUGUCUUCUUCACUAGAGCAAUUGGAAAACCAACUCGAAACUUUUAUUGAAAAUGUUCGCCAAAUCGGAAUAUUAGUAAGCGACUUCCAGCCACAAGGACAACAAGUACUAAACCAGAAGCUGCAAAACAUGAUCACAAACAUGCAAGAUAUAGAUAAGUUACGUUCUGCUGUACAGGAUGUUCUAGUUCCACUUGAAGUAUUUGAGUACAUUGAUGGAGGCCGCAAUCCCCAGCUAUACACCAAAGAUUGCAUGGAGAAAGCUCUUGCCAAGAAUGAGCAGGUCAAUGGUCGCAUCGAUUCUUACAAAAGAUUUAAAGCUAUGUUAUUAGUUGAACUGUCACACGUCUUCCCAAAUGAGAUGACACGUUAUCGUGCUGUGAGAGAGGAAAGUUGAAAGUCGAUUCAAAUAGAAAAUUGUGGAAUAUUUUAAGGAAAGCUAAAAGCACUUAAGAUUUCUAUCCUGUAAUACAUUAUAUUUGUAUACAGUACUUCUUAAGAGACUGUUCUUGUAAACUCUUCAUUUCUAGUACACUUAUAUUGCAUUUUUAUGUAUUCUGAUUUGCAUGAAGGAAAAAUAUAAACCUUUUGUAUA